CCAUUGAGGAGCCGGGAGAGGAAGAGCCGCGCAGCGCCGGGCUGGGCGGGCGGCCCGGGACACCGACAGGACAAGGUUCUUCAGCCUCAGCACUGUUGACAUCAGGCUGGAUAAUUGUUUGCUGUGGGGGAGCUGUCUUGUGCGUUGUAGGAUGUUUAGCUGCUUCCCUGGUCUCUACUCACAAGAUCCCAACUGCAGCGCCCCGUCACGAUAAUCAAAAAUGUCUCUAGACGUUGCCUAAUUGCAUUUGGACGAGAAUCGCUGACCAGGACAGUCUACUUCCAAGAUUCUUCUAUGACCAUGAGAGAGAGAAAUAAAGAAUGAUCCAUGAUUUUUAAACACCUUGUCUUGAGGAUAUAGUCAUGUUGGAAGGUCUUGUAGCCUGGGUUCUCAAUACCUAUCUGGGGAAAUACGUCAAUAACCUGAACACUGAUCAGCUCUCUGUUGCACUUCUGAAAGGUGCUGUUGAGUUGGAAAACUUGCCGUUGAAGAAAGAUGCCUUGAAAGAGCUGGAAUUACCGUUUGAAGUCAAAGCUGGCUUGAUUGGGAAGGUGACUCUUCAGAUUCCCUUUUAUCGCCCCCACGUGGACCCUUGGGUGAUCUCCAUCUCCAGCCUUCACUUAAUUGGAGCCCCUGAAAAGCUAGAGGAUUUCGAUGUUGAGAAGGAGAAGCUCUUGGAGAGGGAGCGCAAGAAGGCUCUACUUCAAGCCCUGGAGGACAGAUGGAAGAAUGAACGCCAGCGGAAGGGGGAGUCCUACUGGUAUUCAGUCACUGCCUCAGUAGUUACGAGAAUUGUGGAGAAUAUCGAAUUAAAAAUUCAAGAUGUCCAUUUGCGCUUUGAAGAUGGCGUUACCAAUCCGUCCCAUCCUUUUGCGUUUGGCAUCUGUAUUAAGAAUGUGUCCAUGCAGAAUGCUGUGAAUGAGCCUGUACAGAAGUUAAUGCGGAAAAAACAACUAGAUGUGGCAGAGUUUAGCAUCUAUUGGGAUGUCGAUUGCACUUUAUUGGGGGAUUUGCCUCAGGUGGAGUUACAGGAGGCCAUGGACAAGAGCAUGGAGAGUCGCGAUCAUCACUACAUCCUGGAACCUGUGUGUGCAUCUGCUCUUUUGAAGAGAAAUUGCUCCAAAGAACCUCUGAGGUCGCGACACACCCCCCGUAUUGAAUGUGAUAUUCAUCUGGAGACCAUCCCCUUGAAACUGUCUCAGCUGCAACACCGGCAAAUCAUGGAAUUCCUCAAGGAGCUGGAACGGAAGGAGAGGCAGGUGAAGUUCCGAAAGUGGAAACCCAGAGUGGCUGUAUCGGAGAACUGCCGAGAAUGGUGGUAUUUUGCUUUGAAUGCUAACCUGAAUGAGAUCAGAGAGGAGAGGAAGCGCUGUACCUGGGACUUCUUGUUACACCGCGCCCGCGACGCUGUGUCUUACACCGACAAAUACUUCAGCAAGCUGAAAGGAGGCUUGCUGCCUGCGGACGACAAGGAGGAAAUGUGUCGGAUUGAAGAGGAACAGAGCUUUGAGGAGUUGAAGAUUUUGCGUGAACUGGUUCACGAACGAUUUCACAAACAAGAAGAAUUGGCAGAGAGCCUACGAGAGCCUCAAUCUGAUUCUCCAGGCGACUCUCCUGGGGACCCAGAGCCCAGCGGAGGCAGCCGGAUGCUGCAGUACCUGCAGUCCUGGUUUCCUGGCUGGGGAGGCUGGUACGGGCAGCAGAGCCCUGAGGGGAGAGCGGUCGAGGGUCUUUCAGCAGAACAGCAUGAACAGUGGAACCCCGAGGAGAUCCUAGGCACUGAGGAGUUUUUUGACCCCACUGCCGACGCCUCCUGUGUGAACACGUAUACGAAGCGGGACCACAUCUUUGCCAGACUGAACUUGCAGCUACAGCGGGGCACUGUGACCUUGCUGCACCAGGAGCCGGGCGCCCUGCAGACGCAGGAGAGCGCGUUUAUGCAGCUCGAGUUUUCAGACGUGAAACUACUAGCAGAGUCUCUUCCUCGAAGAAAUUCCUCCUUGCUCUCAGUCCGGUUGGGUGGACUGUUUCUUCGAGACCUGGCCACAGAAGGAACCGUGUUUCCCCUUCUGGUGUUCCCUAAUUCACAAAAAGAAGUUGGCAGAGUCUCACAGUCUUUUGGUCUCCAGACAACAUCCGCAGACAGAAGUGAUCAGAAUCCUGCUGCGGACCCAGAUGACCCAGUUUUUGAGAUGCUGUAUGAGAGAAAUCCAGUGCACAGCCAUUUUGAGAGGCGGCUGAAUGUCAGCACGAGGCCCUUGAACAUCAUAUACAAUCCCCAGGCUAUUAAAAAAGUAGCAGACUUUUUCUACAAGGGAAAGGUUCAUACCUCAGGGUUUGGUUAUCAGUCUGAACUUGAGCUGAGAGUGGCAGAAACUGCCCGAAGACAGUAUAACAGGCUGAAGAUGCAGACCAAGGCGGAAAUCCGACAGACUCUCGAUCGUCUGCUAGUGGGUGAUUUCAUCGAAGAAAGUAAAAGGUGGACCGUGCGACUAGAUAUUUCAGCCCCUCAGGUGAUAUUUCCUGAUGAUUUCAAAUUCAAGAAUCCCGUGUUAGUUGUCGUGGAUCUAGGGAGAAUGCUGUUGACAAAUUCCCAAGAUGACUCCAAGAGGAAAAGUGGGGAUGGGCCAGCAUCUGAAGAGAACCAGUUUAGUGAUGACGAAUAUAAGACACCUCUUGCCACACCUCCCAACACCCCACCUCCUGAGACAAGCGGCAGUAAUGGAGGGAAAACACCUCCAUUUCCUGGAGUUGAGUUCAGUGAAGAGCAGCUUCAAGCGCAUUUAAUGAGCACGAAGAUGUAUGAGAGGUACUCCCUCUCGUUUAUGGACCUCCAGAUCAUGGUUGGACGAGUGAAGGACAAUUGGAAGCAUGUCCAGGAUAUUGAUGUGGGACCAACCCAUGUGGUUGAGAAAUUCAACGUUCACCUACAGUUAGAACGUCGAUUGAUUUAUACUUCAGAUCCUAAGUACCCUGGAGCUGUGCUCUCGGGCAACCUACCAGACUUAAAAAUCCACAUCAAUGAAGAUAAAAUAUCUGCUCUGAAGAAUUGCUUUGCUCUCCUGACCACCCCAGAAACGAAGGCUUCUGACACUCAGUUUAAAGAGCAGAUUUUUCCCCAAGCAGGGCAGCGGGGAAGUUUGCAGGACUCAGUAAUGAAUUUAACCCAGAGCUUUGUGAUGUUAGAGCAGCAUACCCGGGAGGUUCUGGUGGAAUCACAGCUCCUCCUGGCUGAAUUUAAAGUGAACUGUAUGCAGCUUGGUGUUGAGAGCAAUGGCCGGUACAUUUCUGUGCUCAAGGUGUUUGGGACCAAUGCUCACUUUGUGAAGAGGCCUUACGAUGCUGAAGUCUCCCUGACGGUUCACGGUUUGCUCCUGGUGGACACGAUGCAGACAUACGGUGCUGAUUUUGACCUUCUGAUGGCUUCGCAUAAGAACCUGAGCUUUGAUAUCCCGACAGGAAGCCUCCGGGAUAGCAGGGCCCAGUCCCCUGUCUCUGGACCCAAUGCGGUUCACCUCACUAAUGCUGCCAUGCUGAACGACCCGUCAGCUACUGGUGUUGCCCUUGAGAAAAUUCUCACCAAAGAACAGGAGUCCCUCAUUAAAUUGGAAUAUCAGUUUGUGAGUUCAGAGUGCCCGUCUAUGAAUUUGGACAGCACUCUUCAGGUGAUUUCAUUACAGGUGAAUAAUUUGGAUAUUAUCCUAAACCCGGAGACCAUCGUGGAACUGAUUGGUUUUCUUCAAAAAUCUUUUCCCAAGGAAAAAGACGAUUUGAGUCCUCAGCCUUUAAUGACCGAUUUUGAAAGAAGCUUUAGGGAAGAAGGAACUUACCAGUCUACGUACGAACAAAACACUGAGGUUGCAGUGGAGAUCCACAGGCUUAACUUACUGCUCGUUCGGACGGUGGGAAUGGCCAAUGGCGAGAAACAUGGCAGAAAAAUCGCCACCGCGAGCAUUGGUGGCACCAAAGUGAACGUUUCAAUGGGCAGCACGUUUGACGUGAAUGGUUCUCUCGGCUGCUUGCAGCUUAUGGACCUGACACAAGAUAAUGUUAAGAACCAGUACGUUGUCAGCAUUGGGAAUUCCAUAGGCUAUGAAAAUAUCGUCAGCGAUAUUGGCUACUUUGAAUCUGUAUUUGUCAGAAUGGAAGAUGCAGCCCUCAGUGAAGCUUUGAGUUUCACAUUUGUUGAGAAAUCUAAACAGGAGUGUUUUCUCAACCUCAAGAUGGCUUCCUUGCAUUAUAACCACUCUGCCAAAUUCUUGAAGGAGUUGACAUUGUCCAUGGAUGAACUGGAGGAGAAUUUCCGAAGUAUGCUGAAAAGCGCAGCUACCAAAGUCACUACGGUACUCGCCACCAAGACGGCCGAAUACAGUGAGAUGGUGUCACUCUUUGAAACUCCAAGGAAGACUCGGGAAGCCUCCAUCUUUGAAGAAAAUGAAAUGUAUGGGUUUGGCCUCGCUGGGUCUCAUUCCGACACCGUGAAGCUAAUCUUGAACAUAAACAUCGAAUCCCCUGUUGUUUCAAUCCCUCGAAAGCCUGGGAGUCCUGAGUUGUUGGUGGGACACUUGGGACAGAUAUUCAUCCAGAAUUUUGUGUCGGGAGAUGAUGAAUCCAGAAGUGACCGCCUGCAGGUGGAAAUUAAAGACAUUAAGUUAUAUUCUUUGAAUUGCACCCAGUUGGCAGGCAGAGAGGGUCCUGGGUCCGAAGUCAGCCGGGCGUUUGGUUCUCCUUCUGGGUCUGCCAGUGCCAAUAGUCAAGAGGAAGCUCAUUUCACCCGACAUGAUUUCUUUGAAUCUUUGCAUAGAGGUCAAGCUUUUCACAUCCUGAACAAUACCACCAUUCAGUUUAAACUGGAGAAGAUCCCUAUAGAGAGAGAAUCUGAAUUGACUUUCUCCCUUAGUCCAGAUGACCUGGGAACUUCUAGCAUCAUGAAGAUUGAAGGGAAAUUUGUCAACCCAGUUCAGGUGGUGUUAGCAAAGCACGUAUAUGAGCAGGUUUUACAGACACUGGACAAUCUUGUGUAUAGUGAAGAUCUGAAUAAGUUUCCAGUCACUGCUGCCUCCUCACCUUGCCCUAAUUCUCCUCUGCCUUCCCUCAGUACCUGUGGAGAACCUUCCAUUGAAAGGAAGGAGAAUGGAUUGUUCAGCCACUCCAGCCUUUCUAACUCUUCUCAAAAGUCCUUGUCUCUGAAGGAAGUCAAGUCCUUUACCCAGAUUCAAGCCAACUUUUGUAUCCCAGAGCUUCAAGUCCAGCUAAGUGGAGAUCUGACUUUGGGGGCCCAGGGUCUUGUGAGCUUAAAGUUUCAGGAUUUUGAGGUAGAAUUCAGUAAAGACCAUCCUCAGACUUUAUCCAUUCAGAUUGCCCUGCGCUCUCUGCUCAUGGAAGACUUACUGGAGAAGAAUCCGGAUUCCAAAUAUAAGAACCUGAUGGUGUCUCGGGGGGCCCCUAAGCCAUCUAGUUUAGCACAAAAAGAAUAUCUCUCUCAGUCCUGUCCUUCAGUAUCCAAUGUGGAGUAUCCUGAUAUGCCUCGGUCUCUCCCUUCCCACAUGGAAGAAGCUCCUAAUGUCUUCCAGCUGUAUCAGAGACCCACCUCGGCAUCCCGGAAGAAGCCAAAGGAAGUCCAAGACCAGGACUAUCCCUUGACUCCACCCCCUUCUCCAACAGUAGACGAGCCCAAGAUACUUGCUGGAAAGAGUAAAUUUGAUGAUUCUUUGGUACAUAUCAAUGUAUUCUUGGUGGAUAAGAAACAUCCAGAAUUCUCUUCCAGUUACAGUCGAGUUAACCGGAACAUUGAUGUUGAUUUUAACUGCUUGGAUGUACUGAUCACGCUGCAAACGUGGGUGGUGAUACUGGAUUUUUUUGGAAUUGGUUCCACUGCAGACAACCAUGCAAUGAAGGUACCUCCUGAGGACAUUCUACAAAAUGUGAAGUCAGAAUCAAAUGCUCUGCUAGAGUCUGAACUUCAGGAUCCAGUCAACACCAAGAUGGAUCUCAAGGUGCAUUCGCUCUCUCUCGUGCUGAAUAAGACCACCAGUGAGCUGGCUAAAGCGAGUGUGUCCAAAUUAGCGGCACACCUGGAAAUGAUUGAUGGAGACCUGGCCUUGCAGGGAAGCAUUGGGAGCCUGUCCCUAAGUGACCUUACAGCCCAUGGAGAAUUCUACAGAGAGCGGUUUACUACCAGUGGAGAAGAAGCACUCAUUUUCCAAACUUUUAAAUAUGGACGGCCCGACCCUCUGCUCCGGAGGGAACACGACAUUCGAGUGAGCCUCCAGAUGGCCUCCGUACAGUAUGUGCACACGCAGCGUUUUCAGGCGGAGGUGGUGGCCUUCAUUCAGCAUUUCACUCAGCUGCAAGAUGUCUUAGGACGCCAGCGAGCUGCUAUUGAGGGGCAGACGGUGAGAGAUCAAGCCCAGCGCUGUUCACGGGUUCUCCUGGAUAUUGAGGCGGGUGCUCCUGUUCUCCUUAUCCCUGAAAGUUCCAGAUCAAAUAAUCUAAUUGUAGCAAAUUUGGGGAAGCUGAAAGUCAAGAACAAGUUUCUCUUUGCUGGUUUUCCCGGGACCUUUUCCUUGCAGGAUAAGGAGUCUGUGCCUUCAGCUUCCCCAACGGGUACCCCCAAACACAGUUUGAGGAAAACGACAAAUGCAGAGGACCCGAAGGGAACCCAUUCCGAGGGGCUGUUUAUGAUGCCUCCUGCUGGAGUGAGUGCAGGCAGCCUGAGGAAUGAGUCUGUGCCGAGUACCUCGGCCAAGCAGCAAGGACAGCAAGCCACACCCUCCACCGGCCGGGUUCCUGGUAGUCCUGAAGACCACGUCUGCCUGCUGGAUUGCAUUGUCGUGGAUCUGCAAGACAUGGACAUCUUUGCUGCAGAGAGACGUCCACGAGAGUAUUCUAAGGCCUCAGACGACAGCAGUGGAGAUCUGAUCUUCCCUUCCUAUUUUGUGCGGCAGACGGGAGGGAGUCUCCUCACUGAGCCUUGUAGGCUGAAAUUGCAGGUGGAAAGGAAUUUGGACAAAGAAAUAAGUCACACUGUGCCAGACAUAUCUAUCCACGGCAACCUCUCCUCAGUCCACUGCUCCCUGGAUUUGUACAAAUACAAGCUGAUCCGUGGUUUAUUGGAGAACAACCUUGGUGAGCCCAUAGAGGAAUUUAUGCGGCCUUACGAUUUACAAGACCCAAGAAUUCACACUGUUCUCAGUGGAGAAGUGUACACGUGCAUGUGUUUCCUCAUCGAUAUGGUGAAUGUAAGUCUGGAGCUGAAAGAUCCGAAAGGAAAAGAAAGUGCUGGGUCCUUAGCCAGAUUUGACUUCAAGAAAUGUAAACUGCUCUAUGAAAGCUUUUCCAACCAAACCAAGUCCAUUAACUUGGUUUCCCAUUCCAUGAUGGCUUUUGACACCCGCUAUGCUGGGCAGAAGGCCAGUCCCGGCAUGACAAAUGUAUUCAGCUGUAUUUUUCAGCCUUCCAGGAACAGCAGCACUGCCCAGGGAUCCAUUCAGAUCGAACUACAUUUCAGAUCUACGAAGGACUCAUCCUGUUUUACGGUAGUCCUCAACAACCUUCGCGUGUUUCUCAUAUUUGACUGGCUGCUGUUAGUCCAUGAUUUUCUCCACACUCCCAGCGAUACUAAGAAACAGACUAAUGUUACUCCUUCUCGCCGCCACCGUAACUCUAGCAGUGAAUCUGCUGUCGUCCCCAAAACUGUGAAAAGUGGAGUAGUUACCAAGCGGUCUUCCCUUCCUGUGUCCACAGAAAGGCAUCUUGAAGUCAAGGUCAAUGUAACAGGCACGGAGUUUGUGGUUGUUGAAGAUGUGUCCUGCUUCGAUACCAACGCCAUUAUUCUCAAAGGCACUACAGUGCUCACCUAUAAACCCCGAUUUGUCGAUCGCCCCUUUUCAGGGAGUUUGUUUGGCAUCGAGGUGUUUUCAUGCCGACUAGGGAAUGAACAUGAUACAGCUCUUUCAAUUGUUGAUCCGGUUCAAAUUCAGGUGGAACUCGUGGGGAAUUCUUCUUAUCAGAACAGUUCAGGAUUGAUGGAUGCAUUCAAUAGUGAAGAUUUCCCACCGAUCUUAGAGAUUCAGUUACAGGCCCUGGAUAUCAGACUCUCCUAUAACGAUGUUCAGCUGUUUCUUGCCAUCGCAAAAUCUAUCCCAGAGCAAGCCCAUGCUGCCGGCCCCGACGCAGUGGCCUUGGAGGCCAGCUCCGUUAGCAGUCACGUUCCCGGUGCGCCUCGAGCCGGAGAGGAAGUCAGAGAAGGGACGAGACAUACCCUAGAUCCUGUCUUGGAGUUACAGCUGGCUAGACUACAGGAGCUGGGAUUCAGCAUGGACGAUUGCCGCAAAGCCCUUCUGGUCUGUCAAGGCCAACUGAAAAAGGCAGCAAGUUGGUUGUUUAAGAAUGCUGAACCUCUGAAGUCUCUUUCCCUGGCUGCUGAUAGCCACGAGAGCCAGGGGCCUGUGGCAGCCCAGCUGAUCUCUGGGGUGGAGGUGAAAGCGGAGAGUGUGUGCAUCUGUUUCAUCGAUGACUGCAUGGACUGUGACGUUCCUCUGGCUGAGCUCACCUUUUCCCGCCUGAGUUUUCUGCAGCAUGUAAGGACUAGCCCUGAAGGGUACGCCCACUUCACCCUUUCUGGAGAUUAUUAUAACCGUGCUCUGUCAGGCUGGGAGCCAUUUAUUGAGCCAUGGCCAUGCUCUGUAUCCUGGCAACAACAGGCAGCUAGUCGUCUCCAUCCUCCUCGACUGAAGCUAGAAGCCAAGGCCAAACCCCGUUUGGAUAUCAACAUCACCUCUGUACUCAUUGACCAGUAUGUAAGUACCAAGGAAUCGUGGAUGGCAGAUUACUGUAAACAGGACAAGGAAAUAGACUCAACCACAUCAGAAGACUGGAUGGGCUCUUCAGUGGACCCUCCAUGCUUUGGACAAAGCCUCCCCCUUGUCUACCUUAGAACUAGGAGUACAGCCAGUCUGACUAACCUAGAGCACCAGAUCUAUGCUAGAGCAGAGGUGAAAACCCCCAAGCGCCGGCAGCCCUUUGUCCCUUUUGCUCUGAGGAAUCACACAGGCUGCACUUUGUGGUUUGCCACCCUGACCACCACACCCACCAGGGCUGCACUGUCCCACAGUGGGAGUCCAGGGCUUGUUCCAGAAGGGAAUGGAACGUUUCUUGAUGAUGCUCACAAUGUCAGCGAAUGGCGGGAAGUCCUCACGGGUGAAGAGAUUCCCUUUGAAUUUGAGGCAAGAGGAAAGCUAAGACACAGACACACCCACGACCUCCGGAUUCAUCAGCUGCAAGUGAGAGUGAACGGCUGGGAGCAAGUGAGCCCAGUGUCUGUGGACAAAGUCGGGACAUUUUUCCGCUAUGCAGCACCGGAUAAGAAUUCCUCUUCCUCUACGAUUGGCAGCCCAGGCAGCAGAACGAAUAUUAUUCAUCCCCAGGUUUAUUUCUCUUCGCUCCCGCCUGUCCGGGUGGUCUUCGCCGUGACGAUGGAAGGCAGUGCUCGGAAAGUCAUCACCGUCCGGUCUGCCCUCAUUGUGAAGAACAGGCUUGAGACACCAAUGGAACUAAGACUGGAUAGCCCGUCAGCUCCCGACAAGCCUGUGGUGCUGCCUGCCAUCAUGCCAGGGGAUUCGUUUGCUGUGCCUUUACAUCUCACUUCUUGGCGGCUACAGGCCCGGCCCAAGGGAUUGGGCGUAUUUUUCUGUAAGGCUCCUAUCCACUGGACCAAUGUAGUGAAGACUGCAGAGGUUAGCAGCAGCAAACGAGAGUGCCACUCUAUGGACUUGGACAAAAGCCGGUUCUUCAGGUUUUGCGUAGCCAUAAAGAAGGAGAAUUACCCAGAUUAUAUGCCCUCAAACAUAUUUUCUGACAGUGCAAAGCAGAUCUUCAGACAACCCGGGCAUACCAUAUAUCUCCUGCCAACUGUGGUCAUCUGCAACUUGUUACCUUGUGAACUUGAUUUUUACGUUAAAGGAAUGCCAAUUAAUGGGACAUUGAAACCUGGCAAAGAGGUGGCCCUGCACACAGCUGACACAUCCCAGAACAUCGAAUUAGGGGUAUCGCUGGAGAACUUCCCACUCUGUAAAGAAUUGCUCAUUCCACCGGGAACCCAAAACUACAUGGUAAGAAUGCGACUCUACGACAUCAACCGGCGGCAGCUGAACCUCACCAUCCGGAUUGUGUGUCGAGCAGAAGGAUCCUUGAAGAUCUUCAUUUCUGCUCCAUAUUGGCUGAUUAACAAAACAGGGUUACCGCUGAUCUUCAGACAGGACAAUGCAAAGACAGACACUGCAGGCCAGUUCGAAGAGCAUGAGCUGGCCCGGAGCCUGAGCCCUCUCUUAUUCUGCUACGCGGACAAAGAGCAGCCCAACCUCUGCACGAUGCGAAUCGGAAGGGGGAUUCAUCCGGAAGGCAUGCCGGGCUGGUGUCAGGGCUUCUCACUGGAUGGCGGUAGUGGUGUCCGAGCUUUGAAAGUCAUCCAGCAAGGAAACCGCCCAGGGCUGAUCUAUAACAUUGGUAUUGAUGUCAAGAAAGGCCGAGGUCGAUAUAUUGACACCUGUAUGGUCAUCUUUGCCCCCCGGUACCUGUUAGAUAAUAAAUCAUCUCACAAGCUUGCAUUUGCACAGAGGGAAUUUGCCAGAGGACAGGGAACAGCCAAUCCUGAAGGUUACAUUUCCACUCUUCCUGGUUCCAGCGUGGUGUUCCACUGGCCUCGGAAUGAUUAUGAUCAGCUCUUGUGUGUCAGACUGAUGGAUGUUCCCAAUUGUAUUUGGUCUGGAGGGUUUGAAGUCAAUAAGAAUAAUUCUUUUCAUAUCAACAUGAGAGAUACUCUGGGAAAAUGCUUCUUCCUGCGUGUGGAAAUUACUCUUCGAGGAGCUACCUAUCGGAUCUCAUUUAGUGACACAGACCAGUUACCCCCUCCUUUCCGAAUUGACAACUUCUCUAAGGUUCCAGUUGUCUUUACUCAGCAUGGUGUAGCUGAACCCAGGCUCCGAACUGAAGUGAAGCCCAUGACUUCGUUGGAUUAUGCCUGGGAUGAACCCACCCUGCCUCCUUUUAUCACGCUGACCGUCAAAGGGGCAGGCUCCUCAGAGCUCAACUGCAACAUGAACGAUUUCCAGGAUAACCGACAGCUUUAUUAUGAAAACUUCAUUUACAUUGCUGCUACAUAUACAUUCUCUGGUUUACAGGAGGGGACAGGAAGGCCUGUGGCUUCCAGCAAGGCUACCACCUGUGCAGAGCUGGUCUUGGAUGUCUCACCAAAGACACAGAGAGUCAUUUUAAAGAAGAAGGAGCCCGGGAAGCGCUCCCAGCUGUGGAGGAUGACCGGCACGGGCAUGCUGGCCCACGAGGGGUCUUCCGUGCCCCACAACCCCAAUAAGCCCUCUGCGGCCCGCUCCCCCGAGGGUUCCGCCAUUUUAGACAUCGCUGGCCUUGCUGCAGUAACUGACAACAGAUAUGAGCCACUGAUGCUAAGAAAGCCUGAUCGCAGGCGAAGCACAACUCAGACGUGGAGUUUCCGAGAAGGAAAACUGACCUGUGGGUUACAUGGGUUGGUUGUCCAGGCCAAAGGAGGGCUUUCUGGUUUGUUUGACGGAGCUGAAGUGGUUCUUGGUCCUGAUACUUCCAUGGAGCUUUUGGGGCCAGUGCCACCUGAACAACAAUUUAUCAACCAAAAAAUGAGGCCUGGUUCUGGAAUGUUAUCCAUCAGAGUCAUCCCAGACGGACCGACUAGAGCCCUCCAGAUAACAGAUUUCUCCCAACGGAAAAGUGACCGUUCAUCAUAUGAAGUGGGUGAACUUCCUGUAACUGAACAAGAGGUACAGAAAUUGAAGAAUCCAGACACAGAGCAGGAAUUAGAAGUGCUUGUGAAGUUAGAAGGUGGAAUUGGGUUGUCCUUAAUUAAUAAAGCCCCAGAAGAACUGGUCUUUGCAAGUCUUACAGGAAUCAAUGUGCACUAUACACAGUUGGCAACCAGUCAUAUGCUCGAACUCAGCAUACAGGAUGUACAGGUGGACAAUCAGCUCAUUGGUACCACUCAGCCCUUCAUGCUCUAUGUGACUCCCCUGAGCAACGAGAAUGAGGUCAUUGAGACCGGCCCUGCCGUGCAAGUGAAUGCGGUGAAGUUCCCCAGUAAGAGCGCGCUGACCAACAUCUACAAGCAUCUGAUGAUCACGGCUCAGAGAUUCACAGUGCAAAUUGAGGAGAAACUGCUUCUCAAGCUGCUGAGUUUUUUUGGCUAUGAUCAAGCAGAAUCAGAGGUGGAAAAGUAUGAUGAAAACCUCCAUGAAAAGACUGCUGAGCAAGGUGGAACACCAAUUCGGUAUUACUUUGAAAAUCUCAAAAUCAGCAUUCCCCAGAUCAAGCUGAGUGUGUUCACCUCCAACAAGCUUCCAUUGGAUCUUAAGGCCUUAAAAAGCACGUUGGGAUUUCCACUGAUUCGGUUUGAGGAUGCUGUGAUUAACCUGGAUCCAUUUACUCGGGUGCAUCCCUAUGAGACCAAGGAGUUCAUCAUCAAUGAUAUCCUCAAACAUUUCCAGGAGGAACUCCUCAGCCAGGCAGCUCGGAUCCUGGGAUCAGUGGACUUUCUCGGCAAUCCCAUGGGGCUUUUGAACGAUGUUUCCGAAGGGGUUACUGGACUGAUAAAGUAUGGAAAUGUCGGGGGCCUUAUCAGAAAUGUCACACAUGGCGUAUCAAACUCUGCUGCCAAGUUUGCGGGGACGCUGUCGGACGGCUUAGGGAAGACGAUGGACAAUCGGCAUCAGUCGGAGCGGGAGUACAUCAGAUACCACGCGGCCACGAGUGGGGAGCACCUCGUAGCCGGCAUCCACGGCCUGGCUCACGGUAUCAUUGGUGGAUUGACCAGUGUGAUAACCUCAACAGUGGAAGGAGUGAAAACAGAAGGGGGUGUCAGCGGUUUCAUAUCUGGCCUUGGGAAAGGACUCGUGGGCACUGUAACUAAGCCAGUGGCAGGCGCCCUGGAUUUUGCAUCAGAAACAGCCCAGGCGGUGAGAGACACAGCCACUCUCAGUGGCCCCAGGACUCAAGCCCAGAGGGUUCGCAAACCGCGCUGCUGCACCGGGCCCCAGGGGCUGCUGCCCCGCUAUUCUGAGAGCCAGGCAGAAGGGCAGGAGCAGCUCUUCAAACUGACAGACAACAUUCAGGACGAAUUCUUCAUAGCCGUGGAGAACAUCGACAGCUACUGUGUGCUCAUCUCCUCCAAAGCCGUUUACUUCCUGAAAAGUGGGGACUAUGUGGAUCGAGAGGCCAUCUUCCUGGAAGUCAAAUACGACGAUCUCUACCACUGCCUCGUCUCCAAGGACCACGGGAAGGUGUAUGUGCAGGUGACCAAGAAGGCUGUGAACUCAAGCAGUGGAGUGUCCAUCCCUGGCCCUUCCCACCAGAAGCCCAUGGUCCACGUGAAAUCGGAGGGCCUUGCCGUCAAGUUGUCACAAGAGAUAAACUAUGCAAAGAGCCUUUACUAUGAGCAGCAACUUAUGUUAAGACUCACUGAAAAUCAAGAGCGGUUGGAGCUGGACUCCUGAAAAAUCCCAGCUGCCAGAGAGACGCUCGCAGACACAAGCCCCAAGUCAAUCGGGAGGAAAGGCCCAAAGGCUUGGCCUAAAUCAGAGGCAAAACCGGAAAAAGGUUGGAGGGGGGGCUGUCAAGGAACGAGGGGACGAUACGAACGGAAACCGUAUUAAUUUGUGGGUGGGUUGGGGGGUUCCUUUAGAUUGCGGGGAAGUAAUUUUUAAAAGGUAUUGGCUGAAUAACGUUAAAAAAAAUGUACUGAGAUGAAUCUAAUUUUUAGAUUGCCCUGUAUUUUGUUAACAUGUAUAUAUGUACAACUGUGUGUUUGUAAAUAUGCAGGAGCGUUUCUGAGCAGGGCCUGUGACGUGUGUAAAGGUUUGUUAGCUGUAAAGUAAUAUAAAGUUAUAUUGGAUCUUCUAUUGCACUAAUUCUGCAUGUGUAAUUCAGGGUACUCGCUACAAAAAAGGCAUUCUUGAAAGGUGAAGAAUGUUCCAUGUUAGCUUUGGAAACCAGAGUAUUUGCAGGAAGAGGACGGAGGGGAGGUGGGCGGCCUCGAGGCUGGAGCGGGAGGGCAGCCCCCAAAGGAGGUGGCUCAGAAACCAACUCGUCUUUUAUUUAUUUCCCACCCCCCCCCCCCCUUUUAAGAGUAGUUCCUAGAUUAUCACAGAUUCUUUUCCCUCCAUCUGUCUGUUUGGCUUUGUCCUGACUAGUCUUGCACACACACACACACACACACCAGCAUUGUAAGUCUGUCUUGGGAUGUUGUCAGAGAGGAUCAGUUUGAAACACCGGUAGGCUCUGUUGAUUUCGAAGGGGAGAAAAAAAAAAAUCUCACACAACUGUUUGUUUUAACAAAUCAGAAAUCCACAGAUCUAUCAGAAGCCCACAGUUAAGAAUGCCCUCCUUUCCUUUCGGAACAACAACAAGGAGAAAGUCCUAGAACUCUUUUCUCUUUUGAUAAAGCCACAGGCAAGCACCACAGCCGCCCAGCCCUGGGCUCAGUGAUGGCAACACUGGGACGAGAAGGGAGAGGGAGAGAGCCUCAGAAAAGGGAAUGAAAUCCGAGUAUUAAAAAGCCGUUUUGCAAGUUUUUCAUGGAACCGAGAUUUGGCUAAAACAUCUCUUGUCCUCAGUGUUAAAUUCCAGCCAGUAGCAAGGCCUGGUAUGAGUGCCCUCUUCUGCCUGGGUCUUGUUCUUGUUGUUGGAAUAAACAGGUUGGGAGCGGGAGCUCACUCUAGAAUGAAUGACUAGCCUUGUGAUUUUAACAUUUUCAUUUUGAUAGAACUAAUCGGUUUCAACAACCUCGUCCCAUGUGGCGGAGAUCGAGAAUGACUCGGUGGAUCGGCAGAUGUGUGCAAGGUUUGGGUGUUUGUAACUCUUGACCCAAACCCUUCCAAGACUCACAUGAAGCUGAUCUGUCCAUCUCACCAUCCCUCCCCUCUGCGCACAUGCGCGUGUGCGUGCGUGUUUUUAAAGAAGCAGGAAGGGAGCUUUAGCACAAGUGCUCGAGAGCUCUAGCUCAGUGGGGUUUUCGAGGACCGCCUUGAACCCCAAGGUCUGUGUGGUCUUCGCCGACUCUAAGUUGGUGGGUGGCCGCGUUGAAGCUUAGCUCGCGAAGGGUUGGGGUGGGUUUGGGUUUGUCGUUUGUUGGCGUGUUUUGGUUUUUUUUUUUGCUGGGUGCCAGUCGUGACUGCGUCCCCUCACGCACAAGAUCCCCAGCAGGGUGACCUGUGUCUUCCUCACCAGCCUCCUCCUCUGCGCCCCACAAGUCUGCCUUGUGAUUUUUGUCAUCAGUGACCCACUGCCAGAGAUCACCGCCCCUUAAAGGUGAAACUCUCAGAAGGGUUGAUUGUUUGCCUCAGUGAGCCUUCUGUCGCUUUCUGGAAUGAAGUCGGUGGAAUUUCGUAAGACUGACGAGGGCGGCCUUGGGUCCCGUCCCCCCAAACCACCCCCCCCCCCGGGGCAGCUGUGACGCAGCAAGCCGGUGGGGGGCGCAACGCUGCUUCCUGAGGGACCCAGGGAGGUGUUCGGAUGCCCUCCUCUGGGCUCCUUUCUAACAUUAGCUCUAGAAACAGUCGCGCAUCUCGGUGGGUCAUGCGAGCCCUCGCUGCCGGAAGGGGCCUGAGAAGAGGCUCCCGCUAGAGCUCCCUCACGCCAGCCACGGUGGGAAGGCUUCGGUGGGGCUCUGGACUUGGUUUCCUGCUUGGCCAGGAAAAAAUUCAAAGCUCUGAAGGAAGCAGGCCCUGCCCCUGGCUCCUUGAAUGCCCCAUUUCUUUUUCAAUUGGUGUUUAGCCCUUGAUGUCUGAGACUUUGUUAUGAUAAUUUCUACCGAUUUUCAUGCUGUCCCAAAUACCCAGUUUCUCUCUGAGGAAAGUAAAAUAAAUUGAAUAAGGAGAAAUUGGAUAAGGAGAAAUCAAAAGCCAUCCUAAUUCCCUGACCAGGCAUGGUUGGCAGACCCAGCAGGGCCCUGCGGCCAGUGCUGCUGCUCUGCCCCCGGGGAGGGCUCCCCCGAGGGGCUCAGGCCGAUCCCCUGCGCCCACCGACCGACCAGAGGGCAGGAAAGCAGACCUCUCAGCAGCCCCAGCUUGGUGGGUACUCACCUGGGUGUUCAGAAGGUUCUAGGGCCACUGUGUUUUUAAGCAUCAUCUGUGCCUCAAAAUACCAUAGUAGCUGCUUGAUAAAAUCCUGGUUCUCCACUGUGUAAACAUGAUUCUAUACAAUCACCCAUCUGUUAAGACUCUUUCGUCUGUGUCUCAUAUCAGAGUCGUUAUUUUUCUUCCUGUGGAAUAAAAUGCUUUAUCAACUUCCCA